GCUGAAAGUACAACAUGGGAGAGAAAGUACUGCAUACUGACAGACAGACAGCUGGUGCUGCUCAACAAGGAAAAGGAGAUGUCUGUCGAGGGGGUACAGGAUCAGCAAGCAGAAGCUGCAAAAGGGCGGUGCCUUCGACGUACAGUAAGUGUCCCUUCCGAGGGUCAGUUUCCUGAAUAUCCACCAGAGGGAGCUACUAAGCUCGAAGUCCCAGCAGAGAGAUCUCCUCGCAGACGGAGCAUCUCGGGGACCAGUACAUCUGAGAGAACCAAUUCCAUGGAUGCUUCAAACACCUCUCCUUUCAAAGUGCCAGGCUUCUUUAGUAAACGUCUGAAAGGCUCCAUCAAGAGGACAAAGAGCCAGUCAAAGCUGGACAGGAAUACAAGCUUCCGCCUUCCAUCUCUCCGUAAUGCUGAUGACAGGUCACGUGGCUUGCCAAAGCUGAAAGAAUCUCGUUCCCAUGAGUCUUUACUGAGCCCAGGUAGUGCAGUGGAGGCCCUGGAUCUUGGGACAGAAGAGAAGGUCUUUGUCAAACCACUUCAUAGCAGUAUCCUGGGACAAGAUUUUUGCUUUGAGGUAACCUACUCCAGUGGCAGUAAAUGUUUCAGUUGUUCCUCUGCAGCAGAGAGAGACAAGUGGAUGGAAAACCUACGCAGGACAGUGCAGCCUAAUAAGGACAACUGCCGUCGAGCUGAGAAUGUGCUCCGCCUCUGGAUCAUCGAGGCAAAGGACUUGGCCCCCAAGAAGAAAUAUUUUUGUGAGCUUUGCCUUGAUGAUACGCUGUUUGCCCGCACCACCAGCAAAACAAAAGCGGACAACAUCUUCUGGGGUGAGCACUUUGAGUUCUACAGUCUCCCACCUCUCCACAGCAUCACGGUGCACAUCUAUAAGGAUGUGGAGAAGAAGAAGAAAAAAGACAAGAAUAAUUAUGUAGGCCUGGUCAACAUCCCCAUGGUCAGUGUGACUGGGCGUCAGUUUGUGGAAAAGUGGUAUCCAGUCAGCACACCUACCCCCAAUAAAGGGAAGUCUGGGGGGCCUUCCAUUCGGAUCAAGUCUCGAUACCAAACCAUCACCAUCCUGCCUAUGGAGCAGUACAAGGAGUUUGCAGAGUUUGUCACCAAUAAUUACACCAUGUUGUGCUCUGUUCUGGAGCCAGUGAUCAGCGUGAGGAACAAGGAGGAGAUGGCCUGUGCUUUGGUGCACAUUCUUCAAAGCACUGGGAGAGCCAAGGACUUUUUGACAGACCUGGUGAUGUCAGAGGUAGAUCGUUGUGGGGAGCAUGACGUCUUGAUCUUCAGGGAGAACACACUUGCUACCAAAGCCAUUGAAGAGUACUUAAAACUAGUAGGCCAAAAGUAUCUUCAUGAUGCACUAGGGGAGUUUAUCAAGGCUUUGUAUGAGUCAGAUGAGAACUGUGAAGUUGAUCCCAGCAAGUGUUCUUCAAGUGAAUUAACUGAUCAUCAGAGCAACCUGAAAAUGUGCUGUGAGCUAGCCUUCUGCAAGAUUAUCAACUCUUACUGUGUUUUUCCUCGUGAGCUGAAGGAGGUGUUUGCAUCAUGGAAGCAGCAAUGCUUGAGCCGGGGCAAGCAGGAUAUCAGCGAACGCCUGAUCAGUGCCUCGCUCUUCCUCCGUUUCCUGUGCCCAGCUAUCAUGUCCCCAAGCCUCUUCAGUCUCAUGCAGGAAUACCCUGAUGACCGCACAUCCCGAACACUGACGCUCAUUGCUAAAGUCAUUCAGAACCUCGCCAAUUUUGCUAAGUUUGGUAAUAAAGAAGAGUAUAUGGCCUUCAUGAAUGACUUCCUGGAACAUGAGUGGGGAGGGAUGAAACGCUUCCUGCUGGAGAUAUCUAACCCAGAUACCAUCUCAAACACGCCUGGGUUUGAAGGCUACAUUGACUUGGGCAGGGAGCUGUCUGUUUUGCACUCCCUCUUAUGGGAGGUUGUGUCCCAGCUUGAUAAGGCGACCGUGGCAAAACUGGGACCUCUUCCUCGUAUUCUUGCUGACAUCACCAAGUCAAUGACCAAUCCAACACCAAUACAGCAGCAGCUGAGGCGUUUCACUGAACACAGCUCUAGUCCAAAUGUCAGUGGAAGUCUCUCCUCAGGGCUUCAGAAGAUAUUUGAGGACCCCACUGAUGGUGACUCACAUAAACUGAAAUCUCCAACCCAGGAAAAUCUAGAUGGAUACUUUAGGGGCAAAACCUUGCUGUUGGUUCAGCAGGCAUCCACCCAGAGCAUGACUUAUUCAGACAAGGACGAAAGAGAGAGCAUACUGCCCAAUGGACGUAGCAUCUCCCUGAUGGACCUUCAGGACCCCCACACAACUCUCAGUGAUUCCCCGUCCAUCAUGCAUGAUGUGCCUUUGCGUUUGGCUGGUAGCCAGCUCUCCAUAACGCAGGUGGCCAACAUCAAACAGCUGCGGGAAACUCAGAGCACACCUCAGAGUGCCCCCCAAGUUAGGAGACCUCUGCACCCAGCCUUGAAUCAGCAGGGCAGUCUCCAACCUUUGUCCUUCCAGAACCCAGUUUACCAUCUUAACAACCCACCUCCACCAAUGCCAAAGGCCUCUGUGGACUCCAGCUUGGAGAACUUAAGCACUGCCAGCUCCCGGAGCCAAAGCAACAGUGAAGACUUCAAACUCAGUGGACCCAGCAACAGCAGUAUGGAAGACUUCACCAAACGCAGCACACAAAGUGACGACUUUUCCAGGAGGCACACAAUGCCAGACAAACCUGUUCCUAUUGCUCUUCCCCGCCAGAACAGCACGGGGCAGGCACAGAUACGCAAAAUGGACCAAGCUGGGCUGGGUGCCAGAGCCAAAGCACCUCAGUCCCUGCCCCAUAGUGCUUCCUUACGGAGCACAGGGAGCAUAUCGGCAGCAUCAGGUGCAAUGGCGACCGAACCAGUUCAGAAUGGGACUCGGUCCCGACAGCAGUCCUCAUCAUCCAGAGAGAGCCCUGUCCCAAAAGUGAGGGCAAUUCAGCGGCAGCAGACACAGCAGGUAGGAGCAAAAGCUUCUACUGAGUAUUUUGUUCAGUCACCGGUGGACUCAGCCACAAUGUCACCAGUGGAAAGAACAGCUGCCUGGGUUCUGAAUAAUGGGCAGUAUGAAGAAGUAGAGGAAGAUACAGAACAAAAUCAAGAUGAAGCCAAGCAUGCUGAGAAGUAUGAGCAAGAGAUAGCCAAGUUGAAGGAGCGUCUGAAGGUGUCGAGCCGCCGAUUGGAGGAGUAUGAGAGGCGCCUUCUGGUGCAGGAGCAGCAAAUGCAGAAGCUACUGAUGGAAUACAAGGUGAGGCUGGAGGACAGUGAAGAGAGACUUCGCAGGCAACAGGAAGAGAAGGACAGCCAGAUGAAGAGCAUAAUCAGCAGACUCAUGGCAGUCGAAGAAGAACUGAAGAAGGAUCAUGCUGAGAUGCAAGCAGUCAUAGAUGCAAAGCAGAAAAUUAUUGAUGCGCAGGAGAAACGGAUUGUGUCCCUGGACUCGGCCAACACUCGGCUGAUGAGCGCCCUGACACAGGUCAAGGAGCGCUACAGCAUGCAGGUCCGCAAUGGCAUCUCCCCCACCAACCCCACCAAGCUUUCCAUCACGGAGAAUGGUGAAUUCAAAAACAGCAGCUGCUAACCGGGUGGAUGCUGCUGGCCAUCUCCUCGGGGCAGAGCAGGAAGAAGCAGACUGAAGAAACCUGAAUGCAGACCCCCGUUGAUUUACAGAAUGCUGCUAAAAGAUAAACUGUCAAGUGGGGUAGAAAAGCCUACCUUUCAGACUAGGAGAAUAGGGCUCCAAGGGCCAGGGCCCUCAGGAUUGCUGUGUAUAUACAUAAGGAACCUGUUCCAGGCCACAUGUACAGAGAAUGCCACUGUAAUAUACCAAAAGGAAGUGAAUACUGUAGAUUGUUUUUAAUUAUUGCAAUUUUUAUUAUUAUUUUUCUCUUGUUGAAAGCACUGCAGUCCUCAGAGGGGGAGGAGGGGAAUGUGUGUAUGUGUGGUGUGGCAGAGAAAGAAAAAACAAGAGAGAUGAGCAGUGGGUUAUUUUGAAGCUGUACAUAUCAGGCUGACUGAUGCAAGCACAUGGAGCGAAGUGAAAUACUAGUUAAAUGAAUGUAUGAGAGGCUCUGUUUUAACCCCCUCCUUCCCGGUCCUUAUUUAACCAACUUCAAACUCCACACCCAGCCUCUUGCAAGAGGGUUGGAUCCUGUUGGCUUCUGUCAGCUCUUGCUAGGAUAUGGACAAAAAGCUGUUUCAAAGUCUCUUUGAAAGCUCUAAUUAGAAACUGGAGCAAGAAGCCUGUUUCUUUACACCUGCCCAAAGCCAGGCUUCCCGUCCAAGAGACAAAGGGAAUUUGCAGUUUUAAAGGUAGGAAUUUUUUUUACCUAAAUUAUAGUAAGGUUUGACUUUUUUUCCUCUUUUUUUUUUUUUUAAGAGUUUAUAGAACUGUAAAUACUUGUGUUUUCAAACUUUGGUCCAAUUCCCAGCGUAUGUGCAGCCCAUUGUCUCAGUGCAGUAGCACUCCAGAUUAGUUACCCACACCCCACCAGAAACAAUCAGGUUAGUACUCCAGGGAAAGGGCUAACCAAAGGGCACUCGUGCCCUGUGCAAUAGAUCUGUGAACGCAGAGUGAAACUUUUCUAGUUUAUUUUUGUACCUUUUUGUCUUGUUCAAUUUCACUGUUCCAUCCACAGGGUUAUCAGACUUAGCUCCACCAAGGUGGUUUCUGCAUGUUUGUUAAAAUUUCCAUGCCCCAAUGGAAAUUGACUGUUAUUAUUUAAGUCCUGACCUUAUCCACUUUUUCUCUAAGUGAAUUUUAACUGAGCCCCACCUGUAACGUUUGGUUUGUUUCUCACACGAGCAGACUUUUACAGGAUGUACUUGAAUACCUAAAAUUAAAUAAUGAGCUCAUUGUUGGGAGGAAGAUAGUGAUGUUUCACACACUGUAAAAGACCAACAGUAAGAUCCGCAGUGUUGCCAGUUCUCAUGGUUUUACUGAAUAUCUCUGUAAUAUUUGUUGAGUCUCAUAAAGCCCCAGCUUCUGGAGUCAAGUGAUGUAUGAGAAUCUCUCCCCUUCCACUUCAUUAAAAAAAAUGUUUUUUAAGGCUCUUGUUAGUGUUGAAAAGCAUGAGAAUGUUAACCUUAAAGGUUUAAAUCAGGAAGCAAAUAAAGGGAACCCAAAGCUAGUUCAAAUUAGAAAUAGAGGCAAAUACUUUUUUAACAGAGACCAUUAGAACAAAUCCAAGGAAUGAUAGGCACUGCCUUCUCUUGAUGUCUUCAGGUCAAGACUAAAUGCCUUUCUGGAAUAUAUGCAUCAAAUUUGCUUUCCUGAUUUACAGAUAUGCUUUAAUUGAAUCAAAGGUAGUAGGCUCAAUGCAGAUGAUAAUUGGGUGAAAGGUGGUGGCCUGUUACAAAGAAGUCAGGCUAGAUGAUCUCAAGUCAUUUCUUCUUGCCUAUAAACUUUGAUGGCACAUUGCUACAAGCAGGAACGUGCGUUCCCUGGGGACAACUAGCUGUGGCACAUAUUUGUGCCACAGCUAGUUGUCCCCAGGGAACAUGCCAGCGUGCACAUUCUCGUGUGCGGCAAGCUGUCCUGGGUGGGGCAGGAGAGGCUGGUGUCCACACCUGGGCUGGCCCCAGCACCCUUUUCUGGGGCCCUCCCAGGGCUCCAACAGCAGCAAUCCAGGCACGCAGAGCCUGGAUGGCAGCCAAAGUAUGGCUCUGGGCAGCCAGGCUCUGGUUUGGGGAAUGCACACUGCUGCCAUGUGCACCACCUUUUGACACCAGGAUCUCCUGGUGUCAAAAAACCUGCUGUGCUGCAGAUUAGCAGCACACUGAACACCUGCAUGCGUGUCGCAUGCAGUUUGCAGCACCGCAGACAGGUUCUGAGUGUGCAAAAAUGUAUCAUUUUAAAUAUCUUGGGAUUUUUGAGUCGUUCUCAUGACCUUUGGGUCAUGCCUUUUUGAAUGUCAGGGUUUGGCAAUAUGAAUGAGUCAAAUUCAUUGUCUGUUGUUCAAGUCUGUUUGCUGUUUUGAAAUGAAUUUGCCUAGCCUUUUAGGCCAGUUUGUUGUAGAGCACGAUAUUUUAACUGUGUUACCUUCUUUAUUGUGAGUUAAGAUAAUUCCAUUAAACAUAUACACACACCUAUAUAUCUAUGUAUAUAACCAACUAUGCACAAAUACAGAAAGAGACCACAUCUGCUCUUUGGCAGUUGCUUCUAUUGAGAGAUCGAAAACUCACCUGAAGUAAAUAGGAAUUUGUUCUUAAGGUUUUAAUGUUCUUUUGGAUCAAAGCUGCUUUCUCCUUCUGUUUCUCAAACAUGGUUUGUACCAAGGGUUAAGGAGCAAGGAGAGGGUCUGCCUAGUUUUCUUGAAGGGGCACAGCAACAUUUUUGAAGUUUUAUGCACUUCUGGGGCCACAUACUGAAAAUACUCAGUAGAAAUUUAAAGAACAAAAUCACUUUCCUAAUGAAGUCUUCCAACUCUGGGUCAUUCUGACCCCUAAUACCUUCUCCUUUGGUUAACUAACUGUGCCUUUCAAUCCCUUCUUCUUUCCCUCUUCUUCCACAUGUACCAAGACUAUAGGCGCAGUAUCAGUUGUGGAUCAAUUUGUCUAGUGUGAGUACUUCUCAUUUUUAUAAAAUGCCACUGUCCAUUAAAACUCCUUUUGUCUUAGCAUUUCUGUGUGGCUGCAGGCAGCUUUCAUGCCUACCCCUUUAUUAUGUGGCUGCACUCACUUUCAGUGAAGCUAACAAUAAUUACCUCAGAUUAUAUUCACCCAGCUGUGCUAUGCAAAGUCUUUCCCAAAAGCAGCUCUGUAGAUGGGUGUGCGUUUUAAUCAUAUGUUAUGUAAAACAUGGGAAGUGGAUGAUCUGUUACUCUGAGGUUUCUCCUAAAUUAGCUGUUGAACACACUACCUAGGGAUUACUUUCUGUGCAUUACAAGAAAUACGAGGAAGAAGAAAUACAUAUGGAAAUACAGGCUUCUACCAAAAUAUUUUAGCAGAGUUAGACUAAUGCUGCUUAGAGAAAGGCAUCUGCUCAGAGCUCACUGUAGCUUUGUGAUAAUCCACUAAAGGUCACUGGCUGAGCUGUGUGGUUAGACACUGAAGGCCUUUGGGAAUCCACUUUGGCUUCUGCAGAGAAAUGUAAUAGGAACAGUUUCUUUUAGCGCAUUUCCUAGGGUUGCUUUUAAAUAAAGCAGGUCCUGCUUUCUAAAGGGGAAAUCCUAGCUGCUGUAAGGUGAUUGCUUUAUGAUUGCAAGUGGCAUGAAUAACAUAGAUGGAUAAAUGCAUAUCCUCCUGUACAUGCUUAAGCUGUCAGCCUGGAUAAGGCAGAUAUUUAAGGGUCAGACCUGAAGCAUCACCAUCACCGCUUGUCACUGUGCUGGUUUUAAUCUCCCUGCUCUGAGAUACAAAAUGCUGGUCUCUCCCUCUAUACAGCAGAAAAUGUCUUUCUACCUGCAAGGGGGGCAAAAGUCACAGUUUCACAAUAUUGUUAGGUCAAAGCUGAGAAGCCAUGAAGCACAGCAUUAGGCUCCCAUGGUCUGUGGGCAGGCAUUGUUCCCAGUUUGUUACUCAGCAGAUGUCUAGAGAUUUGUUUUAUCUCUCUGUGAAGCCUGUGGCAUGUAAAAUCACAAGCUUCUAUUUUGUACAGUUUGAUAGAUGGUAGCAAGUAAAACCUCAGGAGCCAUUUUAACGUUACUGAGACAACAGAAUACCUGGGCCUAGCCAGGCUUCAGUUUUCAGAGUAACAGCCAAUGAGUUUCUGCAGGAAUGAGAGGAGAAGUAAAACAAAAUCUGAUGAACUUCAUAACCUGCCAGGGGUUUAGUUAGUACGUAUGCAGUUGCCUAAACUCAGCAGCUUGUGCAAAAUGCCACCGCAGGAGGCUGACCACCUCAAUUUGAGGACAGCUGAGAUAAUGCAGGAAGGAUUUAGAGGUCUCUAAUAGCCAUCUCUUUUUAUGCCCAACUUUGUGCUACUUCUCUGACUGUGCCUGUGUUGGGAGAUGUCAAGGCAGGACUGCAAAGGGAAAAGGAAAGGAAGGAUUUGUUUUCUAAGUCACUCUUACCCUGGAGCCAUUCAUUUCUUAUUGAACAGUCCUUUAAUUUCUAGGCAUGGUGCCUGCAAUCUAAUUCUUCAAGUCUCUACCCAAACCUGUAGCUGUCAAGCUCUUCACAAUGUCUAAUUCCCUUUUCUUCAUCUGAGCUGUAAUCAGUGAGAGAGGAGGGUUUGCAAUGUUCUUUGCUCAAAAUUUACUACAAUUACAAAUAAGGCCUCAGCAAAUCACCUACAUCUUUGUGGCCAGCCACUGCCUUUGUGGUUGGGCUGCUGUUUCUCUCUUUGCCUUAGCCAGGGACACAAUGGAAAAACUGUAUGCAUCACUGUAUGAAGGAGCUAGCCACAGGCUUGGGGACUUGCCACUCUCUGGCCAUGCCCGUGACUACUGCUUUAUGAUGAUCCCUCUAAAAAAGCAGAUUAGUUGAAAGGGACUUUCCUAUGCUGGCUGGUUGGGUUUCUGAAUUUUAAAUAAAAGUUUUCAGCUCUGCAGUGUUGGAGUGAAGUCCCAUGUUGCCUGCUGCCAAAUUCGGAAUGUUUUAUGAAGAGUUUGAGGAGGACAGAAGUAAUUUCACUGGCAAGAGGUGUGCAGUAAAUACCUUGGGAGCAGAGGAGGAGCACAUGGCGUAAAUCUGGCCCCAUGUAUGUACCCUUUUGCAACCCAAGGAAUUUGGGUCCUAAAGAAGGAAAAGGGGUAGAAGCUAAAUUCAGUAAGCAGCUACAGUUUUCUCUUCAGUGUAUAGAAAUGGGUAGCCAUAGAUGUGUGUGUGUACAUGUAUGUAAAUGCACACAGCUGCAUAGAGCUGCAUGUUUCACAGCACUCCUCUUAGAAAUGCUUUCUCUCUUCAUAGAGAAUCCAGAGUAGCGUUGAGAGAGCUGUGCAUAUUUCCUAGCCCCUGAAUAUAGUACCCAGAGUUUAGACAUGCUCUAUAUUCAGGCAUCCAGCCAUCUCAUAAAUGAUUUAUUUAUUUUCACAUUCUAUUGCUCGCUUAAACCACCGGCUUUUCACUUUGUCUGGAAUCUCAUUGGUUGUGCAGUGAUUUAACAGUGGUGUAUGUUAGUGGUAUUCAUCUGCUAGGGUCACCAAUGCCAUGUAUGUGUGAAUCCUGUAUUAGUGUUAUGGAAAGAUGUCUGCAUCACUCCUGGGGAACAAUUCAUGUCUUUGUCCAACCGAUACAUGUAUAUUUAUAUUACUAAUUAUCAUUUACCAAGUAGGAUAUAAUCUGGCCAGUCACUGCUAUCCACCUGAGUGUUUAACAGACUUAAAGGGUUAAAAUUAGGGUGAUGCGUUUAGACAUGUCCUUCCCUACAUUAAAUUAAUUCCCAUGAGAGAGAGCAUGUCAUUACAAAUCACUCCUGCCAGGAAUCCUACCUGUAAAAAUAGAUUUUUCUGUCUCAAGGGCCUUAAUGAGAGUGUUACUACACAGGACUAUUUUACAAUGAUAGCUCUAAAUAAUUUAUUUUUUAUUUCAACAAAAUACACCUUAAAAAGUACUAAAAUUGUUUUUUUCAGAAACAUAUUUUUAUGCUAGUAGCACUGGACUAUUUGGUCUCUGAGAUCCAUCUCUGCAUUUCAUUGCCUGGGUUCAUUUUAAAGAAGAUUUAUUUUUGUUCUGUGAAUAAUUUUUGAAGGUUCUUGUAUAUGUACAGAUAUAGAUACAUUUGAAGUCUUUUAUUGAUAUUCCUACAAAGAAUACAAAUAAACUUUAACUUUAAAAAGCU